UUUGUUGAAAGCCACCAACACCUUCCAGGGUAACAACAUGGACGCAAACAGAGACACCCCAGGGAAGGCGCCCACGGGUAGCGACACAGGCAAGACGGACUCCAAAGCUGCUGGCAUGAACCCCUAUUUGGGUUUGGUGAGCAGCCUGCGCGCUGCGUGGCUCACGGGGAAGACGCGCACCGCUGAGCACCGGAUCUCCCAGCUGGAGGCGCUGGGCCGCUUCCUGGAUGACAAGAAGCAGCCUAUCCUGGAUGCCAUGGCCUCGGACAUGCGCAAGCCCCCCUUCGAGGUGGAGCUCUCUGAGAUUAUCCUGGUCAAGAACGAGGUCAACUACGCACUCAACAACCUGUCCAGCUGGAUGAAGGACGAGGGCGUGGACAAGAACCUGGUGACUCAGCUGGACACGGCCUUCAUCCGGAAGGAGCUCUAUGGGGUGGUGCUGAUCAUCGGGCCCUGGAACUACCCCUUGCAGCUCAUCCUGGUGCCCCUGGUCAGGGCCAUCGCUGCUGGGAACUGUGUCAUCAUCAAACCCUCCGAGAUCAGCAGCAGCACUGAGCAGCUCGUGGCUGAAUUGCUGCCCAGCUACCUGGACAAGGACUGCUUUGCUGUGGUGACUGGGGGCCCCGCGGAGACCACCCAGCUGCUGGAGAACAAGUUUGACUACAUCUUCUUCACUGGCAACCCCCAAGUGGGCAAGAUCGUGAUGGCAGCUGCGGCUACGCACCUGACGCCGCUGACGCUGGAGCUGGGGGGCAAGAACCCCUGCUACGUGGCUGACGAGAGCGACAUGCAGAAUGUGGCCAACCGGCUGGUCUGGGGGCGCUGCUUCAACGCGGGGCAGACCUGCGUCGCGCCCGACUACGUGCUGUGCAGCGCGGAGACGCAGGAGAAGCUGCUGCCCGCCCUGCGUCACGCCAUCACCCAGUUCUUCGGCCCCGACCCCCGGGAGUCGCCCGACUUCGCCCGCAUCAUCAGUGACAAACAGUUCCAGCGCAUCCGGGCCCUGCUGGGCAGCGGGCGCGUGGCCAUCGGGGGGCAGACGGACGAGAAGGAGCGCUACAUCGCCCCCACGGUGCUGGUGGAUGUGCAGCCGUCGGAGCCUGCCAUGCAGGAGGAGAUCUUCGGGCCCGUCCUGCCCAUCGUCACCGUGCCCGACGUGGACGAAGCCAUCGCCUUCAUCAAUAGCCGGGAGCGGCCGCUGGUCGUGUACGUCUUCGCCGCCAACAGCAAGCUGGUGCGCCGGGUGCUGGAGCGGACGAGCAGCGGAGGUUUUGGUGCCAACGACUCCGUGAUGCAAAUGACGCUAAUCUCGCUGCCCUUUGGUGGGAUUGGGAACAGUGGGAUGGGCUUGUACCAUGGCAAGUUCAGCUUUGACACCUUCUCUCACCACCGCGCCUGCCUCCUGCGCAGCAUGGGCCUGGAGACCAUGAACUCCCUGCGCUACCCACCCUACAGUGAGCGCAAAAGGGGGCUGGUGCUCUCCACCUUCAGGAUCAAGCACACGGGCACCUGCACCCUGCUGUGAUGGGCGGCCUAGCCCAGCCACCCAGCACCACACAACUCAUGUGUUACCUGACUGCCAUGCCGGGGAGGAGCAGCUGGCUUGAGCUCCCGAGCUGACCUAGGAAAUCUGACCCCCCCUUCCAUGGGUUAAAGACACUCUCCAGCCUUCCUCUUUCCCCUGCUGACGAGGGAAGAAAAUGAUCUGGAAUGUUUAAGGCUCAAUGUGCUAACACAGCAUUUCUCAAACUGGGGUCUGUGAGGAUACCCCAGGGGGUCCACCGGCCCUGCUGAUCAACUCUUCCCUGUUCCUCCCUCAACUCCUCUCCCUCCCUCCCAGUGGGACUGUUCUUAAUGUUUCCUCUGAAUA